AUGAUGGAGCCGGAGGAGCUGCUGCCGCCUCAGCCCAGAGACCGCCCGGACCGACGCUGCUCCAACCGGCUGCCGAUAAGGGCGAGCGGAAAGGCGAGUGCCGAGCUCUCUCGGCCCCUGCAGGGCCCCGGCGGAGCAGCGAGGCUGGAGGACGGCGGGACUCGCCACAGACGAGCAGCAGCAGCCGCCGCCUCCCCGCAGAGUCGCCUAACACCGAGCGAGGCCCGCGGCUGGGAGGCGAGGGAGGGCGGUGUCGAAACACCCAGGGCUGUGCUCAGGGCUCCUGAGGCUAGCACCGCUCCCUUCCUCAGCGCCCAGCACGGAGACUGGGGUGGGAGAGGCGGAAGGUGGCGCAGCGGUAGCCGCAGACGCGUCCGGGACCUCUCACACCCAGCUCCUCCGCUGCCGCCGCCGCCGCAGCCCAACCUGCUGAGUGCGCGAGCCUCUGGCGCGGCGCAGGGCGAGCCCGGGCGCGAGCCUGCCGCCCCUCCGGCAGCCGGCGUGCGUGCGUGCGUGCGUGCGCGUGCGCGUGCGCGCCUCCGCCAGCGCCUUCCUGGUCCAGCCAGCUGUCCUCGCUCCUCCCGCGCCGCGGAGUCUAAGGCAGGGAGAACCGAGGAGGGGGCGGGGCGGAGAAAGGGGCGGUAUGUGGUUGGGGGGCAGAGAGGAAAAAUGGAACACUUACGUCACUUACGGGGUGGGCCAAUGGGAAGAGGCCGAGGGCAGGCAGGGAGCAGAGCGAGGUGGAGGCGCGAGAGCGCGCGCGGCCGUGGAGGCGUGGAAAGCGGAGCGCUGCGGCGGCCAUGCCGAGUGUGGCAGGGCGCAGCCUGGGGGCGGGAGGUGGAGAAGAGGAGGGAAAGGAAGAUGGAGCCGGCGGAGGCGGGGCCGGGACGGAGGCGGAAUGACCCCGGCGGUGUGCGGUUGGGACCGGAUACCCUCGAGAUAAUGCAACUGAAGUCCACAUAAGAAAUUUCUUUCUGGAAGGCUACAAAUUAGAAAGCCUGAGCGGUUAAGGGGGCCACCUGCGGCGCCAGCAUCCCAUAUGGGCGCUGGUUCGAGACCCGGAUGCUCCACUUCCAAUCCAGCUCUCUGCUAUGGCCUGGGAAAGCAGUAGAAGAUGGCCUAAGUCCUGGCUUUGGAUGGACCCAGCUCCUGCCAUUGCGGCCAUUUGGGGAGUGAACCAGUGGAUGGUAGACCUUUCCCUCUCUCUCUCUAUCCGCCUGUCUCUCUGUAACUCUACCUUUCAAAUAAAUAAAUCCUAAAAAAAAAAAAAAAAAAAAAAAAAUUACCCUU